AUGGCGGCGUCCUCAUUUGCGGACGUGCAAGUCCACACCGUGAACCAGCGACGACCACGCUCUACCACGUCGAGCAUGAGGGCAGCGCACCGCUUGCCCUGGACAUACCUAUGUCGUGACUGCGUGCGGCGCUCUGGAGGCCGACCCAGUCUGCACCGACCGUCCUCGUCACUCGCCGUCGACAGGCCCGCCAGCUUCGCGUCCUUUUUCUUCCACAACUCAAGCUGGCAGACCAGUGCUCCCGCACAACGUCUUCCGUCAGGACACAGAGCCCCGCCGCUGCCCCCACUGACAGAGACUAUCGCAGGGCAAGCCGUCGACCUCGGGCAGUAUCCUCCUCCGCCCUCCGUCCUCCCAUAUCGCAGGACGAACGUGCUCACACCGAGCCGCUUGCUCAAGGUAUACUCUGAGCUCUCUAAAACACGCCUCACCGUCCUCGUCGUUCUCACUGCCAUGUCCGGCGUCGCCCUCUCCCCUCUCCCGACCACCCUCCCCGUCCUCCUGUCCACCGCCAUUGGGACCGCACUCUGCUCGGCGUCUGCAAAUACUCUCAACCAAAUCCAAGAGGUCCCCUUCGACGCACAAAUGCCUCGCACUCGCAUGCGCCCGCUCGUCCGUCGAGCCAUUACCCCGCUCCACGCUGUCGGCUUUGCGACCGCCACCGGCCUAGCGGGUCCCGCCAUUCUCUGGACGAUGUGCAACCCGACCACUGCCUUGCUUGGUGCGGCCAACAUCGCGUUGUACGCCGGUGCAUAUACAUGGCUCAAGCGCAAGAGCAUCCUCAAUACCUGGGUAGGCUCAGUCGUCGGCGGAAUCCCUCCCCUCAUGGGCUGGACGGCUUGCGGGGGUAAUAUUCUCCCAUCUGCAGAGUACCCAAUACAUCUCUUUCUACCCUCCUUCCUUGCCUCCACACCAACCGACCUCGCGCUCAUCGACAACCCGCUCGCUCCCUGGGUCCUUUUCCUCAUCCUCUACAGUUGGCAGUUCCCGCACUUCAACGCCAUCUCCUACCUCGUCCGCGAGUCCUAUGCCCAGGCAGGCUACCGCAUGCUCUGCGUCCUCUCGCCCGCGAAGAACGCCCUCGUCUCCCUCCGGCACGCCCUGCUCCUCAUCCCCAUCUGUUCCGUCCUCGUUCCGCUCUCAGGGCUGACGAGCUGGACGUUCGCGCUCGUCAGCCUCGUGCCGAACGUCAUUUGCGCACGGGCGGCGUGGCAGUUCUGGAGGCACACCACGGAGAAGAACGCGAAGAAGCUUUGGCAUUACUACCUGGCGUAUCUCCCUGCGGUACUCGGGCUCAUGAUGGUUUGCAAGCGAGGUCUGGAUUGGGGUUCCUGGGUCGAGAAGGAGGAGAGCAAGGUCAUUGAGAGCUAG